GGCUGCUCCGUUUAUUACGAUGGAGUCUCGCUGCCAUAUAUAGGCUACCUAAACUGAAGGAAAUCAUAGGAAGGUGUCGUGGUAGGAGUGUCGUGGUUUGUUUUUCUUGUUUAUAGUCUGUCUCGCUGAUUCUCUGUUAAUGUAAUUUAGUAGUAGAAUAACAGGUGCAUUUAUUCCAGAGAGAGGCUUCUCCCUUUUCGAAACCCAACCUGCUCUACCACGUUACAAUAUAGCCUACCUACACCGUUGUCUCGGCAGACUCACACAUAGUGCAGUGCAGGUGGCUACAUUGUUGCUCUUCAUCCCCAGUAGGCUACUACAUUUACAUUUACAUUUUAGUCAUUUAGCAGACGCUCUUAUCCAGAGCGACUUACAAAUUGGAAAGUUCAUACAUAUUCAUCCUGGUCCCCCCGUGGGAAUUGAACCCACAACCCUGGCGUUGCAAGCGCCAUGCUCUACCAACUGAGCCACACGGGACAUACUAGACUUCUUCUUGAGUAGAGGGACUAUUUCAGUUGGCGGAGGGAAGGAUGAAGGCAGACGAGGAAGCUCCUCCCCCCUCCCCGGGACUGGGCAGUUCGGCGAUCCGUUGUCGGGAAGUGUGUCGGUCGUACGGUGAACUCAAAGUCCUGAAUAAUCUCAACUUGACCGUGCCACAGGGACAGAUCUACGGCCUGCUGGGUCCGAGUGGGUGUGGGAAGACCACACUGUUGAAAUGCAUUGUGGGAACACUGAAGAUCUCCCGAGGGCACAUCAGCGUGUUGGGGAAGCCGCCCGCAUUUCCUGGUCACCAGGUCCCUGGGAGGAUGGUGGGGUACAUGCCACAGGACCUGGCGUUGUACAACGAGUUUACCAUCAGUGACACCCUGACGUUCUUCGGACGGAUCCACGGCCUGUCAUCUAAGGACACCCAGGCACGCAUGGACUUCCUGGUGGACUUCCUGGACCUACCUCAGAAGAGCAAACUAGUCCGAAACCUCAGCGGAGGGCAGAAACGGAGGGUGUCUCUUGGAGCAGCCUUACUUCAGAACCCCCAGUUAUUGAUUCUGGAUGAACCCACAGUCGGGGUGGACCCUGUGCUGAGAGCCAAGAUCUGGCAGCAUCUAGUAGAGAUUGUGAAAACUGGAAAAGUAUCAGUGGUCAUCACCACUCACUACAUAGAGGAGGCCAGGCAAGCCAAUGUGGUGGGUCUGAUGAGGAAUGGCCAACUGUUGGCAGAGGGACAUCCAGAAACCAUGAUGAAACAGCACAAUGCACCGACCCUGGAGAAAGCUUUCCUGCAGCUGUGUGAGACCUCAGACCAGGUGGGCUCCAAACACAGCACCUCCCCUCUGGGCGGGGUACUAGAGAGCAGCCAAUCAUUCGAGAGUGGCCGGGAAGAGAGUCAACCAAUCCUGGGAGCCGGACCGGAACCUGUAGAAGAGCUUCCCAAAUACUCAGCGGACUGGAAGGUACGAGUCAGGCAUGUGAUGCCAAAGUGGAGGAACAUCGCAGCUCUGAUGAUUAAGACCAUGGUGCGGAUGAAGAGAAUGCCAGGGUCCCUGUGUUUCCAGUUCCUGCUGCCAGUCAUCCAGAUCUCUCUGAUGUGUCUGUGUAUCGGAGGAGACCCCAAAGAAAUACAGGUGGCUGUGGUCAACAAUGAGACCUCCUCCAGCUCCUUCAGCCAAUCCCUGCUCUCCUUCCUGGACAACUCCAGCGUGCAACAGGUGAACCUGUCCCACGCCGAGGCUUUUGCAGGGGCCUAUAACGGAGAGUACUGGGGCGUCAUCGGGUUUGGAAAGAAUUUUACCAGCUACCUGACCAAGAGGAUGGUCCAGCGCCAGGUCUCUAAGGAGGUAGUGGAUGGAGGUUCGGUACACGUCUGGUUGGACCUGACCAAUCAACAGAUCGCCAUGAUGCUUCAGAAGAAACUAGCCGAUGCCUUUGAGGACUUCGUCCAGUAUAAGAUGGGGAGCAUGUCUUACCUGGUCUCUCUUCCUGUCAAGUUUGAGGAGCCCAUCUAUGGCAGCAUGGACUCAGACUUCACCACGUUUGUGACACCAGGAGCCGUUCUGAGCAUCACUUUCUACCUGGCAGUGGGCUUGACGGCUCUGUCCUUCGUGAUAGAGAGGAAGGAGGGACUAAUGGACAGGUGCUGGGUUGCAGGUGUUAGUUCGUUGGAGACUGUGCUGGCCCAUCUCAUCUCCCAGCUGUUUGUCAUCAGCAUCCAGGUCAUUCUACUACUGCUCUUAAUGCUGCUCGUCUUCAAGAUCCCUAAUGAGGGGAGCCUGGUGUUGGUUAUAGCUCUGAUCGGGCUGCAGGGUGUGACUGGCAUCUCCUUUGGUCUGGUCAUCUCAUCCGCCAUCGAUGAUGAACAGAACGCCAACCAGGCUGCCCUGGGUGUCUUCUACCCCAACCUCAUCGUCAGUGGUACGUCACACACUGUCUUCUACCCCAACCUCAUCGUCAGUGGUAUAAUCUGGCCUGUGGAGUGCAUCCCCUAUCCACUACGUUACAUCAGUCUGGCCCUGCCCCAGACCUACGCUUCUGAAGCCCUGCGAUGCAUCAUGUACAGAGGCUGGGGUCUCUCCAGGAUGAUGGUGUGGCGAGGCUUCGCUGUCACCCUGGGCUGGAACACUUUCUUCCUCAUCCUGGCCACCGUCAUCCUCAAGCUGAGGACCUGAGACGUCUACCCGGGGGGGGGGGGGGGGGCAUCCUAGUCUCAGGAUGUCUGUGUCGGGGGACACUGUGCUUUAAGGGAGAAAGUGCUGGUAUUCCAGAGUUCCUCUUGUAGACAGACCCACACCCACACCGACACGCACAAUCACACACCCUCCUCCCCCCUCCUGCUUGUCAACUCAAAGUAGCUAACCCUGAGAACCAGAGUCUAUGGGUGAAGGACUACUAGGUGAGGUGAAUCAUUCCAAAUCUUGCAGGUAGAAAUCUACUUCACAGAAAGGAUAGCGUUCGCUAUUCCAUUUAGAGAGUUAUGGCUGCUCUUUUAUGUUGUCGUCUUUCAAGCUGCAAUGCUUUGAAUGUUUCAGCCGCCUGAAUCUGCCCUGCAGCAAUGUUUCUCAACCCAGUUGUUUUACAUACAGCCCAGCUAGCACAUUUGGUUCCUUUGAAGUUGAAGGAACGUAUGUUUUCGGUUUCACAUUGGUUGUGGGAAGGAAGCCAUAGUUUCCUGACUGGUAAAACUGAAAGUUCUUCAAACAUUCUGAGAAGAGAAGUUCCAAGAACAAGCAAAAUUGUCACGUCUUACUUCUCUGAACUAUUUGAGAACAUUCCCAAUGUCAAACCAGUUGGAGAACAAUACCAAAAUUGAAAUGAAAUGUAGCUAUAUUUGAACUUAUAUGAAACGUUGAAAUACAUAACGUAAUGAAAUACCAAAAUACGUUGUUUUUUUUGUGAUUAAAUGUGCUGAGAAUGUUCCAAAGCCAAGCAGCUAUCCUGCACCAUUCCCAGGAAGUUGUGGGAAGAUUCUAUGCUAAAUAACCAUAGAACAACCACUCUCUCACCAAGUUCUAAGUAACAUAUGGUUCUCAGAACGUUAUGUGCUUGCUGGGAGUAUUGUCUGAUUCACACUGCAGGGCCGGGCCAAGCUAUACUGGGCUGGCCUGGUUACGCGUCCACCAUAGUUGCUGAAACCAUGUUGGAAAGGAUAACGUGAAGAUAAAAUAUCAGAGCCAGUACGGUUCGGGUCGUUGCUAUAGUGUGAAUCAGACAUCAGUCAAACGGCUGGUGGACCGGGAGAACUGAGGUUGAGAAACACUGUAGAGUAGAAGUGCUGAUCUGGGGUCAGGUCCUCCCUGUCCAUAAUAAUAAUGUAUUAUGAUGCAAACGGCUAAACUAAUCCUAGAUCAACAUCCUUACUCUGAGACGCUUGAUAAAUAGGGUCCCUGAUCACCGUCAUGUGUUAUCUGCUGCGGAACACACCGUACACAGUACAGGUUAUUAUAGGCCUGAGGCAUGUUUCACUUGGACCAUCUGUUCUGAACAUAACAAGGCAUUGAUGGGAGGUUUAUAUUCAGAAUUGCUGUUGACGUUUUAUGAAUAACCUCUUCUACAGUAUAGGUUGACUGUAUUUACACAAAUGAUAGAGAGAUAUAUUAUACUAUAUAUUUCAUAUUUUUUGAGGGAACUGUGUGUAAAAAAAGAAAUACAAUUUGAAUGUUUUUGUAUUGUGGUGUUACUGGAUAGAGCUCUUCCUCGCUACUGACGCCUGGGUAAAGAAUGGCCACGACAACAAGGACUGCCGUUUGACGGACGUUUUACUGAAGGAUGUUCUCUGAUGAUGGGAAUUCACGUUCUGGUGUCGACACCGGCUCUGUCCAGGCGCUCGGCCCGGCUCUGUCCAGGCGCUCGGCCCGGCUCUGUCCAGGCGCUCGGCCCGGCUCUGUCCAGGCGCUCGGCCCGGCUCUGUCCAGGCGCUCGGCCCGGCUCUGACCAGGCGCUCGGCCCGGCUCUGUCCAGGCGCUCGGCCCGGCUCUGACCAGGCGCUCGGCCCGGCUCUGUCCAGGCGCUCGGCCCGGCUCUGUCCAGGCGCUCGGCCCGGCUCUGUCCAGGCGCUCGGCCCGGCUCUGUCCAGGCGCUCGGCCCGGCUCUGUCCAGGCGCUCGGCCCGGCUCUGACCAGGCGCUCGGCCCGGCUCUGUCCAGGCGCUCGGCCACAGAACGAUGUCCACGUCCGUGCGAUUAGCAUGCGAGCAAACCUCCCAACUAACUGUGGGAAAACCAGACAACUGGCUAACCUCAUCAUGGCACGCCCACUAACCAAUGAGCGACUAUCAGAAGGUGGACAGUAGAACCCACGGGGGAGAACAAGGAGCUAUGUCAUCUGCACUACAGUAUGGAUAGAUGUGUAUUUUGAUGAACUGAAAUGCUAAACUCAAUGUUUGUCCUCUGCUAUUUCCAGGGGCCUCUGGGUCUGAAUUAAUAAAGCACAGUGGAAGUGCUGAUCUAGGAUCAGUUUUGCCAUUUAGAUCAUAAUGAAUAAGAUUACAUGGACAGGAGGGGACCUGAUCCUAGACCAGCCCACCAACUCUGAGGUUAUUUGUGGAUAUGAGCUCUGGUCUCUGGUCUGUAUUUUGUUCUGUUUUGCUUCCUGUUGCCUGUUUUGACAGGAAGUGGUGACCCUGUCUCUAUUGGUUACCAGGUGAUCUAACCUCGCAGUAUUGGCUUGCUGCUGAAGUAGCCUUGGCUUCUGGUUAUUGGUGGAAUUCUGUAUUGCUGGAGUCUGUUUUGUGCCUGUGCUUGCAGCAUACCCCUUAUAAAAAAAGGCAGUUUGAUUGAUUGUCCUGAUGGUGAUUGCAUGGGGCUUGUCCCGUCGUGGUUGACUGUUCUGUCAGUGAUCGUGUUGAUUUGUUUGUUUAUUGGGAUCCCCGUUAUCUUUUGCAGAAGCAGCAGCUACUCUUCCUGGGGUCCACAAAAAACACAAAACAUGACAAGUAACAAAACACUGAUACACUGAUAGACAAGGACAGUCACACACAUUUAAAAUACAAUAAUAUACAACAACGUGUGUGUGUGUGUGUGUGUUACCUGAGAAGGUCAUCAGCUUUUAAUUACUUUUGUCUUCCCAUCACCACCCUGCUGCUGGACUGAGUGGUGGCUGCUGGGUAAAACCCUUGGACAUGUACAAUAGCAAAGACUAUCCAGUCAGUUCUGUUUCAACAACAUCUCUCCAGCAUGUCCAUUCAUUGUGUUUUAUUACUGCUGGUACUAUAAUGUAUUAUUCCAUAUGUGAAAUCAAAGUGUCCAACAACAGAUAUUGAAGUCUCUUAACUUCCCUGGACGGGAUCAAUCAAUUUCUCUGAUCCAAUGGGAGCUCUCUAUAUAUUUCAGAGUUUCUAUUGGGUUGUGGGUAUGAUUGACAGCUGCUCAUGGUAUUCUGGGGGUUCUGAGAUUUCAUAUCUUGUAUUUCUAGUGUCCAUCCUCCAAGUCGUGCCAUUGACCACUAUUACUGAAUGAGAAAUAUGUUUACACGCAUUGAACCGACAAAGUGCUGAUGACUUGAACCGACAAAGGCUGAAAAUAGCUCACGGCAGAAGGAGCUAGUUCACGUCACUCUGUUGUUUAUAAAUAUUAUAAUAGAGAAGUUACCAUGUUAAGUUAUGAAGUUAAAGCAUCUACACCAGCAUGUGUGUUACUGUAUGAAUCAGAAUUGAUUGAUGUUUUCUGCAGAAUUGUGAAUUUUAGACCGUAAGGCAACUUAUCAAGGUGACUGCAGAAGUUACAUUUACAUUGCUUCCCAAAUGGCACCCUAUUCCCUACACAGUGCACUAUUUUUUUGACCAAACCCCUAUGGGCCCUGGUCAAAAGUAGUGCACUGUAUAGGGAAUAGUGUGUCAGUUGGGGUGCAUUCUUAAACGUUCUUGUUUAACGUGGCAUAUUUUCGAAAAGUCAAGUUUGUAUUAUAGAGAAAGAGUGUUCUACAAAUCAAGUUUCAAUUGAGGAAAGUGACAUAAAUAUUUAUAUGUACCGUAUUGGGGUCAAGAGGUCAAGGACCAUCACGGCUGAACCUUUGAGUUUAUUAAGUGUUAAUUAACGUGGAACUCCAUAUUUAUUGUGUUUCCUGCAUUGCUCCACAUCUGUUGCCUUUUAUGUGUUUGCUUGUGUUGCUAUUUCCCACAUCUUAAGGGACACAUCCACAUUCAUCUGGAAUGUAUGUGUCUUACAAAUGACAUAACAGGUGUUAUAAACACUUAUGACUGCAGAUGUUAUCUUAUGACGACUGACAUAACACUGUCAUGACACAAGCUGGAAUUGGGGUUGGAAAUCCCUCAAACCCUUCAUUAGAUUGUAGCACUGUUAUAACAGACAUAAUAUAAAUAUAUAUAUAUUGUUAUGUCAGCUUAUGACAACUGACUUAACACUGUCAUGACACCAAACUGUUAUUUAGGUCAGCUAGUUACCACUAGCCAACUAGAUUAUAGAUCAUUUUAAGACUAUUCAUGUCAUUUGUUAUGUCAAUGAUAUGUAGGCCUUAUGCCAGGUCAUAGGGUUCAGGUAACGUGUUAGGUGCCAUAAUGUAUAGUAUGCGUUCCAAAUGGCACCCUAUUCUCUACAUAGUGCACUCAUUUUUUACCAGAGGCCUAUGGGCACUGGUCAAAGGUAGUGCACUAUAAAGACAAAAAGGGUGGCAUUUGGAACACAGCCAUAGCGUCAGCUCUGCUGGUGUCUGUGACUCUAUACUUCUACCUCCUCUAUGUUCCCCCCAAAGGGCCUUUUAUAUAUGUAUCCAUACCAGACCUGGCUUCAAAUACUAUUUAGAAUCUUUCAAAUACUUUGAUCCUUUGCUUUUAGCCUGUCUGGAAUGUGAGAUGGACGGGGUUUGCAGUUUGCAAAUAUUCUAUUGGUUCCAUUGUGCCAGGCAAACAUGAUCAAGCCCAGCUAAAGGAUUUUAAGUUACUGAAUUUUGAAUAUACUGAACAAAAAUAAGCGCAAGAAGUGUUGGUCCCAUGUUUUAUGAGCUGAAAUAAAAGUUCCCAGAAAUGUUCCAUACGCACAAAAAGCUUAUUUCUCUCAAAUGUUUUUUUUACAUCCCAGUUUGUGAGCAUUACUCUUUUGUCAAGAUAAUCAAUCCACCUGACAGGUGUGGCAUAUCAAGAAGCUGAAUAAACAGCAUGAUCAUUACACAGGUACACCUUGUGCUGGGGACAAUAAAAGGCCACUCUAAAAUGUUCAGUUUUGCCACAGAUGUCUCAAGUUUUGAGAGAGCGUGCAAUUGGCAUGCUGACUGCAGGAAUCUCCUCUAAAGCUGUUGUCAGAUAAUUGAAUGUUAAUUUCUCUACCAUAAGCCGCCUCCAAUGUCAUUUUAGAGAAUUUGGCAUUACGUCCAACCGGCCUCACAACCACAGACCAUGUGUAACCACGCCAGCCCAGGACCUCCACAUCCGGCUUCUUCACCUGCGGGAUCGUCUGAGACCAGCCACCUGGACAGCUGAUGAAACUGGGUUUGCACAACCAAAGAAUUUGUGCACAAACUGUCGGAAACCGUCUCAGGGUAGAUCAUCAGUAUGCUCGUCGUCCUCACCAGGGUCUUGACCUGACUGCAGUUUGGCGUCGUAACCCACUUUUGUGGGUAAAUGCUCACCUUCAAUGGCCACUGGCACAAUGGAGAAGUGUGCUCUUCACAGGUGUAUCCUGGUUUCAACUAUACCGGACAGAGAGCAGACAGCGUGUAUGGCUUUGUGUGGGUGAGCAGUUUGCUGUCAACGUUGUGAACAGAGUGCCCCAUGGUGGUGGUGAUGUUGUGGUAUGGGCAGGCCUAAGCUAUGGACAACAAACACAACUGCAUUUAUUGAUUGCAAUUUGAAUCCACAGAGAUACCCUGAUGAGAUCCUGAGGCCCAUUGUCAUGCCAUUAAUCCGCCGUCAUCACCUCAUGUUUCAACAUGAUAAUGCACGGCCCCAUGUCUCAAGGAUCUGUACACAACUCCUGGAAGCUGAAAAUGUUCCAGUUCUUCCAUGGCCUGCAUACUCACCAGACAUCUCACCCCCUAUUGAGCAUCUUUGGGAUGUGUGUUCCAGUUCCUGCCAACAUUCAUCAACUUCCCCCAGCCAUGGAAGAGGAGUGGGAUAACAUUCAUCAACUUCCCCCAGCCAUGGAAGAGGAGUGGGACAACAUUCAUCAACUUCCCCCAGCCAUGGAAGAGGAGUGGGAUAACAUUCAUCAACUUACCCCAGCCAUGGAAGAGGAGUGGGACAACAUUCAUCAACUUCCCCCAGCCAUGGAAGAGGAGUGGGACAACAUUCAUCAACUUACCCCAGCCAUGGAAGAGGAGUGGGAUAACAUUCAUCAACUUACCCCAGCCAUGGAAGAGGAGUGGGACAACAUUCAUCAACUUCCCCCAGCCAUGGAAGAGGAGUGGGAUAACAUUCAUCAACUUCCCCCAGCCAUGGAAGAGGAGUGGGACAACAUUCAUCAACUUCCCCCAGCCAUGGAAGAGGAGUGGGAUAACAUUCAUCAACUUCCCCCAGCCAUGGAAGAGGAGUGGGACAACAUUCAUCAACUUCCCCCAGCCAUGGAAGAGGAGUGGGACAACAUUCAUCAACUUCCCCCAGCCAUGGAAGAGGAGUGGGAUAACAUUCAUCAACUUCCCCCAGCCAUGGAAGAGGAGUGGGACAACAUUCAUCAACUUCCCCCAGCCAUGGAAGAGGAGUGGGAUAACAUUCCUCUGGCCACAGUCAACAGCCUGAUCAACUCUAUGUGAAGGAGAUGUGUCACGCUGUACGAGGCAAACGAUGGUCACACCAGAUACUGACAGGUUUUCUGAUCCACACCCUUACUUUUUUAAAGGUAUCUGUGACCAACAGAUGCAUAUCUGUAUUCCCAGUCAUGUGAAAUCCAUAGAUUAGUGUCUAAUUUAUUUAUUUCAAUUGACUGAUUUCCUCAUAUGAACUGUAACUCAGUGAAAUCAUUGAAAUUGUUACAUGUUGCGUUUAUGUUUUUGUUCAGUGUAGUGUUGGAACCCAGGUCUGAUCCAUACUCCUCUGUGACAUCAUGUAUAUGCUGUGACAGCAAACAUGCUCUGAAAUACUCUUCAUGUCUCUCAAACAAUAAAACCUUCAUGAGUAA